AUGAAGUAUAUAUUGUAUGUUCCAGUGACGAACGAAUUAGAAACAGAGAUAAAGAGGAAUGAACAAUUGAAGAAAAUAAGAGAAGCUAAUAAGAAACCUCAGAACUGGUGGGAAGAACCCAUUGAAGGACUUGACUUAGCUCAGUCCAACCAGUUCAAAUCCAGUCUUGAAAAUCUGAAGAAAAUCAUUACGGACCAAGCCGCCCAGCUUUUUCAAGCAACUGUUCGUCAUCAAAAUGCCUAUGCCGGAAGUUCGAGUACUUUUCCUCAUGGGGUUGAUGGUGGUAACAAUAUCAACUCUGAUCCGAACCAGUUUAGCCAAGGAAGAAUGGUGAACAUGAAUGCGUUCUUCAACCAUAACAUGAUUCCUCCAAAUCAUGCAUUGCCAUUUGGAAACAAUAUUUAUGGUAAUGGUUUUGAGGGAUUUGCUCCAAGCAACAAUCCAAGCUAUGGAAACAAUAGUCAUGCUAAUGGUUUUGAGGGAUUUGCUCCAAGCAACAAUCCAAGCUAUGGAAACAAUAGUCAUGGUAAUGUUCUUGAGGGAUCUGCUCCAAGCAACAAUCCAAGCUACAGAUCAGUGUACAACCCGAACCAACAACCGAAACCUGAGUUUUAA